AUGGCAAGAUCGGGAUUGUUGAGUGUUACUCUGCUGUGGACUUUAGUCCUUUUCGGAACUCUGACUCUCAUCCAGGCGAAGAAGUCGAAGGAAGAUUCGAGGGAGAUUACCCACAAAGUUUACUUUGAUGUUGAGAUUGAUGGAAAACCCGCUGGUAUGUUCUUUGCUUGA